UAGGGGACUGCAGCGCCUGCGCUGAGGAGCCAGGUGCUUGCUGGGUCUGGGGCUGCGCAGCACACCCGGGGGCUUGAGGCUUCGCCGCGCAGGCGGUGAAGUUUCCAGGCAGGAGGCGCCGUCGCCAUUGUAGCUUCGCUGGGUGGGCGCAUCCGGCUCUCUGAGCAGGGCACCAGCGACCGCCCGCACCAUGGGCCAGUGCGGCAUCACCUCCUCCAAGACUGUCCUGGUGUUUCUCAACCUCAUCUUUUGGGGAGCAGCUGGCAUUUUAUGCUAUGUGGGAGCCUAUGUCUUCAUCACUUAUGAUGACUAUGACCACUUCUUUGAAGAUGUGUACACUCUUAGUCCUGCUGUGGUGAUCAUAGCCGUAGGAGCCCUACUUUUCAUUAUUGGGCUAAUUGGCUGCUGUGCCACAAUCCGGGAAAGCCACUGUGGACUGGCCACGUUUGUCAUCAUCCUACUCUUGGUUUUUGUCACAGAAGUUGUUGUAGUGGUUUUGGGAUAUGUUUACAGAGCAAAGGUGGAAAAUGAAGUUGACCGCAGCAUUCAGAAAGUAUAUAAGACCUACAAUGGAACCAACCCUGAUGCUGCUAGCCGAGCUAUUGACUAUGUACAGAGACAGCUGCACUGUUGUGGAAUUCACAACUACUCAGAUUGGGAAAAUACAGAUUGGUUCAAAGAAACCAAAAACCAAAGUGUGCCUCUUAGCUGUUGCAGAGAGACCACCAGCAGCUGUAAUGGCAGUCUGGCCUACCCCUCCAACCUCUAUGCUGAGGGGUGUGAGGCUCUAGUUGUGAAGAAGCUACAAGAAAUCAUGAUGCAUAUUAUCUGGGCAGCACUGGCAUUUGCGGCUAUUCAACUGCUGGGCAUGCUGUGUGCAUGCAUCGUGUUGUGCAGAAGAAGUAGAGAUCCUGCUUAUGAGCUCCUCAUCACUGGUGGAACAUAUGCAUAGUUGAAAACUCAAGCUUGUGCGUUUUAGUCUUCUGAUUUGGAAGGUGAAUUGAGCGGUCUACUCCUGUUGGCCUCCUAAGUUCAUUUAGUUAAAACACAUGUACACAGGUGUUGGACAGAGCAGCUUAGCUGUUCGUGUGCCACAUACUUACCUACCAACCUAUGAUUUUCUUUUCUCUAAUCUAGCUGACUUUCCAUGUCCCUAAGUUUUUAAGUACGGUGGUAUAUGUUAUAGUUUCAGAACCAUUUGCAAAUUGCAUAGUGUGGUAGGAUUAAAGGGAAACGUGGCCUGCUUCUGUUACCUCCAAGCAGUAAUGGGACUGCUGCUGAAGUACCACUGGGUCCCGUCAGGCUUCGCAGUGAACAACUACUGGCCAAAGGUUUUUGGGAGGAGGAGGAGUUAACACCAGUUGAUGCCCCUCGUCAGUGUCCUUUUAAAAGAUAUAUACUGUAGUUCAAUAAGAUAGCAACUCUACAAAAUGGCUAAAAUAGAUUUUAGAGUCAUACAGUGUAUGUUUUGGUUCAUCUUCAAAAUCAGACUGAUCUUUGAAACUAGCUGUUUUUAAUCAAAGUUGGCUUUAUAGAAGGAGUAUAAUGUAUGCACUGUUUUAAAACAAUGAGUGUGAGAGAGUGUGUGUGUGUGUGUGUGUGUGUGUGUGUGUGUGUUUGUAUGAUUGAGUCCAUUUAUUGUAAGUCUAAACUUGUUAGAAAUAAUGUACCCAUGUAGGCUAGCAAAAUAGUAUCUAGAUGUGAUCUCAAUUGUAAAUAGAAAAAUCUAAUUCAAUAAACUGUAUUACCCCUCA